AUGAAGUCCUGUCAGGCCAGGGGCGGCGACUGUGGCAGCAUCAUAAAGAAAUACGAGGAAUUGAGUACCGCCCAACAGCAGCAGUUGAUCAGUGACUGUGCCGCCAGUCCGGCGACUUGUCAGCAGAAAUACGGUGAUGUGCUGACCGAUAGUCUGGCCGUGAAACAGUCAAUUGAUCGUGCCCUGGGUGAAGAUAUCCCGAUCAAGAUGGUCUACGAUCUGACAGCGACUUUCGCGCAGCAAAUGCAGGUUGAAGGUGUUGUCGCUACCCAGAAAGUCUCGGAAGCUAUUCAGAAAGAAUAUGGACUGGAUGCAAUCCAGGCUGAUAUUGUAGCAGGUGCGGCGGCAGCGGCGUUUGGGGGAAUUAGUAAGGCUGGGAAAGGCAGUGCAUUACCUGCACCAAAAGCUACUACGGCAACGAAUGGCCUGAGCUAUCAAUCUAACCCUAAACAUACACCUGGGCAGCAAGGGUAUAGUUUCAAUGCCGGAACUGAGCCUAAAAACUCGAUAGAUUUAUUUGGUUCAUCAGUUGUUAGUGGCAAAAAAAGAUAUUCUAUUGAUGCUGAAGGAAAUGUUCAUCAAUUUACGAAUACAAAUGAUGGAACCUGGCAUUGGUCUGGUAGUACAGGUGAUAAGUCAGUUCCUAUAAAAAAAAGUGAUAUACCAAAUAGUGUGAAAAAAGAGUUUGGUUUACCUGGGAAAUGGAGGUAG